AUGGGUCGUCUGGAAGUGGCGCAAAUUCGCCUAUUAGCUUCCUCUAUUCGCAAAAUGGUUUCGUCAACAGAAUUGUCACCGAAAGAAAAAGCCAAAAAAUUGGCUGCCUUCACCUGUGGAGAAAAGAAUAUUGCAAGCGGUUGCCGAUUAGGAGUUGGUUCUGGUUCAACUGUCAAGUAUUUGGUUGAAUAUCUGGAAGGUGCAGUGAAGGCAGGAAAGCUGCAAAACAUUACGAAAAAGUGGCUUCUGGAUGCAGGUUUGGCUGUAACCGAUCUCCAUGGCACGCCUGAACUUGAUGUCUGUAUCGAUGGAGCCGAUGAGAUCGAUGCCAACUUCACAUGUAUCAAAGGUGGUGGCGGCUGCCUUGCUAGGGAAAAAAUUGUCCAGCAUGCCGCUCACAAAUUCUUCGUCAUUGCUGAUAGCUCAAAGGAGUCAGUAAAUCUAGGAGACCACUUUGGCCACAUACCUAUUGAAGUGCUACCGUUUGCUGCUCCGGCUGUGCUGCGCUCACUGCCGCGAACGGAAGGUGGUACUGCACAGAUGAGAAUGGCGGCAAACAAAUGCGGGCCUGUGAUAACAGACAACAACAACUACAUCAUUGAUUGGGCGUUCGAGAAGAAUAAGCCGCGUGAUUGGAAAGAAGUUCAAUUGAGACUCGCUAACACUCCAGGUAUCGUGGAAACAGGUCUAUUCAUCGGUGUGGUAGACAAAGUAUAUUUCGCCUAUCCCGAUGGAAAUGUCAAAGAAGUUGACGCCAGAAAACACUAA